AUGUGUAAAUAAGUAUAAAAAUCGACCAAAACCCAACAUAAAUCCUCCUGAUGACAAUUCCAAACAAAUUGUUAAUAAGCCUUCUGAAUCUUCUGAAUAUACCACUGAAGAAGACAAUAUUUCGGGUAGUAGUAAUUAUGACAUUUCGGACAAGAUUCAACAUAAUGGAGACAGCAACUGA